AUGGAUCAUGGAAAGGCAAUCGUCGAUGGUGGGGUGUCAGUUGAGGGUACUAGUGGGUUACUUCCCCACGAGAAGUUGAAGGCCGAGUCAGAGCUCUCUGACUCGGAAGGCAAUCUGGAACCAACGACCCCACUCAGCCUCUCUGAACGGGAUGAAGAAGACGAGGAUGUGGAAUCCGAGGUGGAGCCCGAAGAAGAUUAUCCUGAGGAGGAGCCCGAAGAAGAUCCUGAGGAGGAGCCCGAAGAAGACCCCGAGGAGGAAUCCGAGGGAAAUCACGUGGAGUACCAUGCGGAGCAAAGAUACGAAACGUUCCAUAUGCCUUAUGUGGAGUACACGCCAACUAGUCCUGGUACCUACUGGGAGCGACUUUAUAAAGAUGAAAUGCCACAGGCACAGCUCGAGAUUCACAGUUUAAAAAGAAAGAUUGAAGAGAUAGAUGAACAUAGGUCAAGGCUCGUACAGGAGAACCAAAUAAGGGUUGAUGCUGCUAUGAAAAGUAAACGCAAGAUACAAAGGUUGGAACAGGAGGUGUCAGAGCUAAGGAAACUGACUAUCACUAAGUUGUGGGAAGGGUUUGUGGCUUGGGCAAAACAAGCCAAGGCCACGACUUACGGAUUACUAGAUAAGGUGGUUGGAAGAGAACCACCUCAGGCCGAGGUGUUGGUCAUUCAAAGUGGUCCCGGAGAUCGAAAAGCUAAAAAGAUAAGGAAGUACUUGAAGGAGGGAAAGAGAAUAUUGAAAUAUGAUGACAUCGUUUUUAAAAAUUAG